AUGAGCGACCUCCCGAAACGGGAACAAUUAUUAUCAAGUGUAAAACGAUUAGAUAAUCUUUUCUCUCGUUUUCAAGCCGAACAAAGUGUUAUUAUUAAUUCAUUGGUCACUGUCGGUCGUUCCGAUGAGUACGACGAGAUCGAUUCACCCGUAACGGAUACGGUCGAAGCUAGUGUUGACGAAAUUUACGAAAUAGUUGAUCGCACGUCGAAUGCUCCCGUGGCUAUACAACCGAUGCCGAUUCGACAAUCGUUUAGCGCGCUUCCGAAAUUUGAAUUGCCGUCUUUCGACGGUUCUAUUACAAAGUGGUGUGCGUUCCGUGAUACUUUUAAAUCGCUGGUACAUGAAGAUUCCAAUAUCGACAAUGUACACAAAUUUCAUUUUUUGUCACAGAGUUUGACCGGUUCUGCAUUAUCUGUUAUCAAAUCAAUUCCAUUGUCGGCGGCGAAUUAUAAUGUUGCGUGGGCAGCGCUCACAGACCGAUUCGAAAAUAAACGAUUGCUCGCAACUGCUCAUUUGGACAAGCUUUUCGCUUUCAAACCUAUCGCUCAAGAAUCAGUACCUGCUCUGACUACCUUUUUAAAUAUUUUCAAAGAAAAUGUCUCUACGUUAAAAUUACUCGGAGUCGAAGAUCUCGCGGGUUUUAUGUUGUUUUUUUUGGGUUCACGUGUAUUAGAUCCAAAAACACGUCAGUUGUUUGAAGCGGAUAUUUGUCAAGCCACUAUUCCGAAUUUUGAUACUCUUGUUACUUUUGUUCAAAAACGUGUCAAGAUAUUGGAAAACAUACAGGGUGUUGACAAGUUUGAAACUCGAUCUAAUAAGUUUCAAAAAUCCAACGUACCGAAGUUCGCUUUUACCGCCGCAAGUAGCAACGUUCAUAAGGCUAAAGGUUCAUCGUCGUAUUCGCCAAAAUUAAAUAAGGCAAAUCAUUGUACUAUUUGUAAUCGUGGUGAACAUUUUGUAUACCGCUGUCCAGAAUUUAAAACAUUUUCCGUGCCACGACAUCGGGAAUACGUUCGAACAAAUAAAUUAUGUUUUUCAUGUCCGAGUUCGACGCACAUGGUAGACACAUGUUAA